UGCCUGCACAUGCGGACAAUUAGCACCAGAAAACCAUCAUGAAGUAAUAAAUAACGAAGAGGAACGUGUUACGUUACUAUUCACGUCUUCCUUCAUGGUUAAUGGACCACGCACUCCAGCCAUCGUCCGUGGGAAGUCAGGCUAAACAUGGGAUAUAGAGUUAAUUAGCAUUAGCCAAAGGCUACAAAAAAGGCGCGUUAGCGAAACUGCUCCUACUAACAAUGUGGCUGCUGCAUCUGUAGUUCCUGCCACCUGUGGCAGAGCGUCUAUUCCCUCUACGCCACAGAGAGCGGACGGAUAAAAAGAGGAGGAGGAUAUCUUUCAUGACAAGUGGACUUCUGACAGAGAGAGAUCCUCGCUGCAGACCCAGUUGACACAAAUGCAAGAAUCCUGAAAUAAUUGCUACCAUGCCUGGUCUCAUUAACAAGGGGAAUCGGAGUGCCCUGCCUCUCAGUGUCUCUGACAUCACUUCCUGUGUUAGAGGUUAUACUCUGGCUCUGACAACCUCUAUGACCUAUGAAAACAUUGAGGAUCAUGCAAUCGAGGGGAUCUUCAUUUAUCCACUGGAAGAAAACUCCAUUGUUGUGGGGUUCGAGGCUAUGAUAUCCAGUCAGAUUAUAACACUGCAAAUCAAAGACAAGGCAAAAAUUGAGGAUUGUUACCAGGAUUGCUGCAGUACGUCUAAUGGAGCCAUGCAGAGUGGCAGCGGACACAUAGUGAUGGAUGAGGACUUGGAGAGGACAGUGCUGGUGGUUAACCUUGGGAUUAUCCCUCCUAUGGAGACGGUCCAUAUUCUGGUCAGCACCUCCUCUGAACUACCCACCCUGCCCAAUGGGGGCAUCAGGGUGUCGUCCCCAUCCGUGUGUACUCCCAGGGUGCAGAGGACAAUAAACGAGGAGCAGGGACUGUCCCCAAAUUUCUCUAGAACGCGGGACCGUCAUUCCAGUGCCUCCAGUCCUCACAGUCAAACUCCCAACUCUCCCCAGCUGUGGUUGGUGUCUCUGCUGGAGGAGGAGGCCAUCAACUCCAUGGAUUACGAGUUCAACUUCCAACUGGAGAUACGGGCUCCAUAUCUCCUUGCAGGCGUCGAGAGCCCUUCUCAUGCCAUCCGAGCUGAUGCCGACCCUCUGGCCCGCUCCGCCACCAGCAUCGUCAUCACUCUGGCCGACAAGUACACGUAUGACUGUCCUGUCAACAUCCUCAUCUACCCCAGUGAGCCUCAUCUGCCACAUGUUCUCAUCGAGAACGGAGACAUGACGCAGGAGGAGUACGAUGAGUAUCUCCACGGCCGCAGCGACUUCCUCAAAGCCACAAAGAAGGAUUCCAGCAACGAGAGAAAAGUAGAAAUCAUUCGCAGACGGCUGCAUAAGGACAUCCUCCACAACCCCGUGGUCAUGUUGAACUUCUGUCCAGACCUGAAAUCCAUCAGCUCAGACCUGAGGAUGGUCCACGGCGAGUUUAUCUUCCUCAUCGAUCGCAGCGGCAGCAUGAGUGGGGUCAACAUUAACCACGUGAAGGAUGCCAUGGUCGUGGUCCUCAAGAGCCUCAUGCCCGGAUGCUUCUUCAACAUAGUGGGCUUCGGCUCAGCGUUCAGAGCGUUGUUCACAACCAGCCAGAACUACGAGGAGGAGGCCUUGGCCCUGGCUUGUGACUACGUCAGGAAGCUCAAGGCCGACAUGGGGGGAACCAACAUCCUGGCACCCCUCAACUGGAUCCUGAGGCAGCCAGCCAUCAGUGGACACCCUCGUCUGGUCUUCCUGCUCACCGACGGGGCCGUCAGCAACACUGGCAAGGUUAUUGAGCUGGUUCGCAGCCAUGCACGCUAUGUCAGAUGCUUCACCUUCGGCAUAGGACAGAAUGUCUGCAGGAGGCUGGUGAAGGGUCUGGCUACAGUUUCCAAAGGAACAGCGGAGUUCCUGGCCGACGGAGAGAGGCUGCAACCCAAGAUGAUAAAGUCCCUGAAGAAAACCAUGUCUCCGGUACUUAGUGACAUUUCAAUCGAAUGGCUCUUUCCCGAGACCAAAGAGGUGCUGCUUUCGCCUGUGGGCAACACUUUCCUGUUCCCAGGGGACAAUCUGAUUGGCUACAGCGUGGUCUGUGACACCACCCGCUACCAUGCGAACCCUAAAUCUGACAAGAGGAGGAGAUACAGCAUGAUGCGCUCCAUUGAGUCGGCCAGCUCCGUGUUUUACCACUCUCAAGAAGAGGACUCGGUGAAGUCAAGUGGUGACAGUCAGGGCUCCUACAGGGACGCAGCCCCUGGUCCUCUCUAUGACUCCAACCAGGACCCCAUGACUGACAGGAGCCCUGUCACCACAGAGCAAGACUCCAUGGGGUUGGAUAAGACGUCUCCCAGGAGGCGCGCAUACAGCACCAACCAGAUCAUGGAGUACAACCCAGCAAAGAAGGUCUACACCCCCAGUGACCCCAGCUCUGUGGCACCCAAGAACCCACUGAGGAGGUCCAAGGUCCAGGAGCUGAUCGGCCAGAUGAGCCCCGAGCACGAGACGCAGUGGAAGAACGACUACCAGCCACAGCUGGCGAGCCUGUGCGCCGCGGCUCCGAGAGGACGACCCGCCAGCUGCCACAGGCCGCUCCCUCAGCAGGAGCCGCUCCUGCAGCAGGAGGUCGACGCGGAGCCUCAUUUCCAUUCCCAACCUCCGGACAACCCUCCGCCCGCCAGCGGCGCUGCGCAGCCUGCGACCCGCGCGCCUGUCGGGGAGGAUGGAUCCAGAUCGUCCACCGACAGCCCAUCUGUUGGCAGCACCGGAGACACUGACGGUUACGGACACCAGCUAUGUCAGGCAGAAACCCCUCAGGAGGCCCAGGCGCCGGAUGUGAGCGCAGCCAACCAGCUCACAGGAAACUGCAAGGCGGUGGUGUCCGGGCUGCUGUGCGGAAAACCCAUGAGGUGGGAGGUGCUCUUCGACAUCGAGCCGUUCCUCCACGGCCGAGAACGCGAGGAGAAGGUCCACGAGGAGCUCUGGAACGAGACCUUCCACCACUUGGCCGGAAGCUCCAUCAUGCAGGACUUUGAGCACAUGGUGGAGAAGGAGUGUGAGAUUGAGCACGGCUCUGGCAGGAAAUACCAGCUUUAUGCUAUUCACACCAGCAAAGCCUGCAAUAUACUGAGUAAAUACACAGCGUUUGUUCCCAUCGACCUGGACACCAAUGAAUAUUUGCACACAUGUAUUGAAUACAUAAAUCACAGUGAAGGCCUGAAGAGGGGCUCCCACAGCAGCUCUCGUUCGGGGAGCAGGAGGAACAGAGGUUACUCCAUCGGCCUGGGGCGCUCUCAGUCCGACGGCGUGUCGGAGGAAGACGCCCUGCUGCCCAACAGUGUGGAGGACGGCGCCUCUCCGUGCAGCACGCCCUCGUCCUCCGGCUGGGAAAGACGCAGCUUCCAUGAGGUUUCCCAAAGGAGUCCGUCUGUGACCUCGGACCAAUCCCAGAAAUCGGUGGAGAGCCUUUUUUCCGCCAGACUCGCUCUCAGCAGGACUCGUCUGCUGACCCGAGCCGCCAAAGGAUUCAUGUGUCGAUCCCAUAGCAAGUCUGGUGAUUCAAUUGGAGACAGCGACAGUGAGAACAAAGACUACAUUCCGCUGGUCUUGUUGCAGUUGGCCAGUGGUGCUUUUCCCCUGGACGCGGCACUCUGUGAUGCCAUUAAAGUGCCCAUGGACAAGUUAAAAUGGACGUCCCCCUUCACCAGCCACCGCACCAGCCUGGGCCCCAUGUCCCAGUCCAGCAGCCGGCGCGCUGACAGCGCAGAGGACGGCCACCGGUCACCGUGCGAGCCUGAAGCAUGGCGGCAGCCUGCAGAGCCCGGCGCAGGCGUCCAGGAUCAGCCCGGGAGCGCCUGCACGGAUGCGCCGCGAAGCCCCCCUGCGGCCGCGCAUUCCCACACGGACGGCGGCUCGGGGGUGGCGGAGCCGGCGUCGCCCGGCGGCGGCGGCCCCCGGAGGAUGAUGGAGCCGGAGGGCAUGGUGUGGGCCACCGCCGUGGCGCUGGCCUGGCUGGAGCACAGCUCUGCCAGUCAUUUCAUCGAGUGGGAACUGCUUGCAGCCAAGGCCAGCAUGUGGCUGAGUGCGCAAGACAUCCCAGAAGGCCGCGAUUUAGCCUCCAUCAAGGCGGCGGCCAACCAGCUCUUCAUCAUCCUCAGACACUGGGAUGAAAACUUGCAACUGAACAUGCUGUGCUACAACCCCAACAGUGUGUGAGGCCACUGACAGCUCUCCACAUGAUACUAUGCUAACUAGCGAUGCGCUACUCUCUGUUCUGCGGUACGUCCUGCGAGGUCUGGUUUUGCCGUCGCAGUCGUGAACGUGUGUUUUGUUCCUUUCCGUGUGCCGGCCUCCAAACAUAUCACAGGCUCUUCAGAGGCAUUAUGUGCAAGCUAUUACCUCGCUGGUGCCACACUGUAGCCCGACCACUGUUAGCAAAGGAUCCAUUCAGAGUCAUGCCUCAGAUUCGCGUUUCAAAGGGGAGAAUGUCUGUUCAUUCAGUAGCAUGCCGGACCCCGACCGUCAGUAUCUGAAAAAAAGCUGCCAUCAUAUUGAUGUUGAGGAACGUAGAGAAACCUGUUCCACUGUUCUACACAUAUUGUUUUUACAUCUUCACAGCAUUCUCUUAACUGAUUGUUGACAUCUGGGUACUUGCUGUCUUUUCUAAAGCUCGUUAACAUUACAGUGUUAUGAAUAUUUGCCAUUUUUGAUGUUUCAGUAUAAAAGCAUAUGCAAAAAGAAAAUACAACAUGUAUGUUAAGGUUUGAUUUAAAAAAAAACGUGUGGGAAAUGAGAAUAUGCAUCACACCGGCAUGAUUAAUUAUGACAGUUUAUCUGUUUUCUCUUGUUUAAGUAGAUCUGUCUUAGAGGUUCAGUCAUGUAUCAGUAACCUGGAGUCAGUUGCACCAUCUGUUUGCAGAUUGCCUUAGCUACAUUUUACUAAUGUAAGUCAGUAUCUUUCCCAGGAGAAGCAGUUGAUGAUGAAUAGAUGGAUAAAUAUUUUCUCAUCAACUGUUUAUGUUAAAGCAAAUGCCCCAGACAAAGUUAAGAUAAAGGGUUAACAAUGACACUGGAGGCGUUUAUUUAAAUUUCACGAGAAAACACAAUAUGCUUGAAGUUGCAAAUGCUGCAGUGUUUAAAUAUAUAUUCAACAAUUAAUGUCAUAUACGCCUUCAGGCUUUAUACAGUCUUACCAUUGAUUUACAAUAGGCCUAAAUCCUCAAGAUGUCCAGCUCCCAUUAAAUCUAAAAACACUCUGGUCAGACUUGACUUUGUAACGACUGAUGAUGAACUACUGUAUGAUGCAAAUCGCUGCCAUCAUCGUCUAAAUUUUUAAGUAGCUCAAUGUCCUCCACAACUGAGGCUGCUCAUGCUGAACGCAGGUCGAGUCCCCAUCACUGGCUUCCACCAGCACACGCCUCGCUCUCUCUACCGAACACUGAGGCAUAAUUAAGAAAGUUCUCCAGCAACCGAUCUACACUCGAAACAAGUACAGUGUUUAAUAACGACGAAGAUAUUCGUGAAGUUUCCCCAAGAAGUUCACUAAGUCACUAGUUUGAUUUAGCCAUUGGUUGACAAGCAGCUGGUGCAAGGCAAUGCAUAUGUGAGUCUGAGAGGAGGGGCCCCUCCUUGUUUGGCUCCUGUCACUGAUCAUUUACCACAAGUGCCUAACUCACAUUUAAGUCAGCAGAAGCUGCAGAUCUGCUCGCUGUAGGUUAAUCGGUGUGAAUAGUGAUAGGACCCUCUCGUGAUCCUGUCAGUGGCCUAUGCAGGCAUGUUUCACUAAUCGUUUUCUCUUUCUUAGUCCAUCCCAGUGUUGCUUUACUCAGGUAUUUGUUUGUUUUCUCACUCAGGCUGAGUUUCAUAUAUUCUUCUGCAUGAACACGUGUUUAUGUUUAUGAUGUUUAAUGACUGAAUCGCCAGAUUAGAGCCAGUAGUGCAGUAUUUUGACCUCUCAGCUGAGAAAUAAAGUAUAGUAAUAUGGUAAUAUUCUAGUGCUGUAACUGCAGUAGUACUUGUGCAGCUGUAUUUGUAACAGGUCGUGUUUUUAUUUUCUGGGUCAGUUACAUGGUGUGAAAUGGUUCAUCCUGCUGCGUGUGCCUUUAUAAAUGAUUGUUGACUGUUGAGGCUGUCCAAAGCUUCUGUAAUGUCUUAAUAACAGUUGAUGCUAUGAGAAGCUCUACAGGUGCAUGUAAUAAAUAACUACAACACA